CUCCUCCUCCUCCUGAUCCUCCUCUUCUUCCGUUCUGGUGUUCCUGUUGUGCGUUGCUGCUGUCGCGUUUUGUGCGUGCUUUUCUUCUUUUUGGCGUUUUCGAUGCGUCAACUGACGCGAUGGUGUGGAAAGCAUUUGGGGCUGUUUUUUCUUUCUCUUUGGCGCUUCGUGGUUCUGUCGGUGUUCUUUUCCUCCUCCUCCUCCUCCUCCUCCUGGUCUUCCUCUUCUUCCGUCCUGGUGUUCCUGUUGUGCGUUGCUGCUGUCGCGUUCUGUGCGUGCUUUUCUUUUUGGCGUUUUCGAUGCGUCAACUGACGCGAUGGUGUGGAAAGCGUUCAGGGCUGUAUUUUCUUUCGUUUCGGUGCUUCGUGGUUGUGUCGGUUUUCUUCUCCUCCUCCUCCUG